AUGAGGAUCCUCAAGAGUCUGUUUAGAUCCAAGGCUAUCAUGGAGUACCAGAAGAUCUUCAGGCAUCUUGAGAGGAUUCAAUGGCCAACUCGCACUAUUACAAGCCACCACGACCUUCACCGGCCACAAAUCAACUUUUCCAACCAAUGCCACAACAGAAUUUCGUCGCCCCGCAACCGCGAGAUGCCCAGAAUUAUGUGGAACAGGGCGCGAGACGCUGGCGGAAAAGGUGCGGCGGAGAACGGUGAGGAUAUACCAGGCGACGCGGACACAGUGUGGAUUGACUCGGGUGCGGACGGUGAUCCGGAAGCAAAUUUCUUAAGAGCCAACAUUGAGCUUUCUUAUAGUGACCGUAACUACGACUGCCCGGAUCCAGUGGAUCGUGUGAUUCACUAA